AUGGAUGUUGAAGAAGACUUGUUGAUAGUUGACGAGGUCGGCGUCUCUAGUCAACAAGCAGGGCGCGAACAAACUUCCGCCCGGCCCGUGUUUUCAGACCCUGAGAGGGUCUAUUGUAGAGUGGCGGAUCCCGGCCAGGAAAGACUCCGCCGAAGCGAAGGCUCGGGUGGAUAUUCGUAUGCGGACGCGGUUCGGGACCGCGUGCAGCAGAGAGCCAGCCAGCCAGACGUCUUAAAGAUUGCCCCGUGCAAAACAUUCCACCAUCCACAACUUACCAACUGUGUGGACGUUGUCGACGAGGAUUGA